GGCCCUCUCCUUACUGCUAUUACUCGGAUAGACCAACACACACCACUCAAAGCACGUAGUCGCGCCCCAGUCCCAAUUGCACCACCCACUCUGCAAUACUCACUCCUACCCCAAGACACGGAACACAAGCUGUAAACUUGCACAAUGGCGCAAACACCACAGCAGCGACAGGCGAACAUGCGGUUUGCCAAGGCGCAGGAGAAGAAGAUGGGCAAGCCAGAGUCAACGGCGGUUCCAGUAAAGAAGAGGGAACCACAGAAGUCGCCUAUCAGCAAGGGCUGGAUCAUUGUCCUUUCCUUUAUACUGUGCGGUGGUCUACUCUUCGAGCUGCUCAAGCUCUUCUUCUAGGCAUCUCCCCCUACACGACUACUCGCCAGUCUACCACUUCGCCUCACAGACACACGAUCGGAACAAGGAGAGGACGCGAGUUUGAGAGAAGCAUACGGCUUAUUGGUACUUUUCUUUCCAUUGAGCACAUAGGGAUCACGGCGUUAUGCAGGCAGCAUAGGGAGCUGGGCUAGACGUUUUGCUAUCAAGUUGCCAACUUGGCUGCAUUUCGGGUUUCAUUUGUCGGGGACAUAUAUCGCAGCGCAGCUACACUACUCUACGGGUGCGUCUCCACCUUCGUCCAUGACUACCGUCCGCCUCUUCU